AUGCCUUUUGUCAAAGAUUUCAAACCUAUUGCCUUGAAGGACACAAACCUUUUCAAGCCCAUCAAAGUUGGUAAUACUACGCUUGAACACCGUGUGGUGCUUCCUCCAUUGACCAGAAUGAGGGCACACCAUCCAGGAAACAUCCCAAACAAGGACUGGGCUGUCGAAUAUUAUGAUCAACGUUCCAAAGUUCCGGGCACCAUGGUUAUCACCGAGGGUUCGUUCCCAUCUCCUCAGUGUGGUGGUUACGACAAUGCCCCAGGUGUGUGGUCUAAAGAGCAGAUGGUUCAGUGGGAGAAGAUCUUCAAGAAGAUUCAUGAAAAUAAGUCAUUUGUGUGGGUUCAACUUUGGGUUUUGGGUAGACAAGCUUUCCCUGAUACCCUUGCUAGAGACGGCUUGCGUUACGAUUCCGCCUCUGAUGACGUAUACAUGGACGAAGAGUCUAAGAAGAAGGCCAUCGAGUGCAACAAUAGACUACACGGUCUUACUAAGGACGAAAUCAAGCAAUACAUCAAGGACUAUGUUCACGCCGCCAAAAACUGUAUUGAGUAUGGCGCAGAUGGUGUCGAAAUCCACAGUGCAAACGGCUAUCUUUUGAACCAAUUCUUGGAUCCAAUCUCUAACAAGAGAACAGACGAAUACGGUGGAUCAAUCGAAAACAGAGCCCGUUUUACUCUAGAAGUUGUUGACGCUAUCAUCGAUGCUAUCGGCCCAGAAAAGACUGGUAUCAGACUAUCUCCUUAUGGUACUUUCGGUACUAUGUCGGGUGCUUCCGACCCAGACUUGUUGGCCCAAUAUGCAUAUGUCAUUGGUGAAUUAGAAAAAAGAGCAAAGGCUGGUAAGAGACUCGCUUACUUGCACUUGGUCGAACCUCGUGUUACAAACCCAUUCUUUACCGAAGGUGAAGGUUGGUACAAGGAAGGUACUAAUGACUUCGCCUACUCCAUUUGGAAGGGCCCAAUUAUAAGAGCCGGUAACUAUGCUCUAGACCCCAAGGCUGCUGAAACUGAUGUUGAUAAAGAUGACAGAACCUUAAUUGGUUAUGGUAGACUUUUCAUUUCCAACCCGGACUUGGUGAAGAGGCUAAAGGAUGGUCUCCCACUUAACAAGUACAACAGAGAUCUCUUCUACGCGUUCACUGACAAGGGUUAUGUGGACUACCCAACCUAUGAGGAUGCUGUCAAGCAAGGUGCAGGAAAUUAA